UCUCUCUCUCUCUCUCUCUCUCUCUCUCUCUCUCUCUCUUCCCUCAAAUCAAAUGCCCUUCAACACCCACCCACAGAACGCACACGGUCUCUCCCUGCCCCUGUUUCCUUCAUGGGCCAUCUCUAUUUGAGACAAACUCCUCUUCCAUGAAGAUCUUCUAGCCUUGAAGAGAGACACACUCGCCCCUGCAGAACCCACCCCCACCAUUGAUGGGGUGCUUUCUUGCGUGUUUCGGGCUCUCCAAGAAGCGGGGGCGGAGAAGAAAGCCAAUCCAUUCUGGAGACCAAGUUGGUCAUGGGAAGUAUGAGCCUCUGGAUAACUCAUCCCAACUAGAUCUGGAAAUUGGUCAGGACUCCAGCACCUCGACUUCUUCCUUGAGCAAAAAACAAUCUAGUGCGAAGACCCGAAAGAAAGUCCGGUUCAACUUGAAUGUCCAGACCUAUGAGCCCAUCCCGAAUGCGGAUGCUUAUUUCUCGGAAAGUGAUAAAGAGGAAGAUAAGAGAAAACCCAACGAUGAAACAUCCCGGUUAGAUCGAUCCCCAACAGUACUUAACGAGGGUUCGAUUGCUAAAACAGGUGCUCGCUAUUCGGAGAACUAUAGGUAUCAGAACUGCAGAGACAGCUCUGAUGAGGAGGAGGAAUUGCUCUACGAUGAUGAUGAUUUCGAACUCGAAGAUGAGGACGAUGAUAUAGGCAGUGAUGACGAUAUCGAUUUUUAUGGCAAUAUGCAGGAUUCUAGAACGAGUCAGAAGCAAAUUCCCCUGCAAUUCAAUUCUUCGGUGUCUUCGAGUAUGAAAGAGCAAGUUUCUCUGUGGCGGUCAGAUUUGGACAAAACUGAAAACCUGAUAUCCCAUCAUUCCAUGAGUGUCCUAGAAACAAAAACUCUGAGCACAAGUGAAAAUGCUCGAUGUAGGACUCAAUACGUGGAUUCUGUACUAAACCCGGUCGAAAAUCUUAUGCAGUGGAAAAGAGUCAAGGCGAAGGCCACGCAGGUUAAGCACCAUCACAAGGAGAAUGUAGUGUUGGAGAAACAAUUUAGCGCGCCAUUUUCACCGAAUGCUAGAUCUAGUCCCUCAGCUUCCUCAUUGGGAUCCAAUUCAGUUGCUUCUAAACCUUUUGGCGCGGUGAACACGAGCCUUUCUAACUGGUUGGUCUCGUCCAACACUGUUCCAUCCGAGAAUGCACCUGUCAGUAAGAGCAGCACCAUCUUAUUUAAGACCGUAUGAUCGGAGCAAAAGCAUGUUUUAUUGAGCUGAUUUCAGUCAUCAACAGAUGGGAUCAAGAUGAAUUUCAUGUGAACCAAAGGAACGAUAAGGAAUAAGCUGAUGAAACACUGGUCUGCUGUAAUAAAGCAAUGCACAUGGCAAUACAAUUUCACAACAUUGUGAUCAGGAUUUUCAUCCGUCAUCCUGGAUAAAGACAGUAACCUUCAGUCACAUACAUGCCGUUAUCCAAUAUUUUGUGUGUUUUGAGUUAUAUUCUUUGCCUCUUACAGGCAAUGAUUGUUUCUGCUCUCUGCUUCUUGUUUGUGAGAGAGAAUUGGACUUUUUUUCCCUUAGUGUAUUUGGAGGUGCUUGACUACUUCUGGUUGUUAUUUUGUUGGUGAUGAUCAUAUAUUGUUCGAUUGUCUUGAA